AUGACACGUCCGGCAGCGGCGGCAAGGAAGAAUCACGGUAGUCGUCACGAGAACGGCCAUGCCUCCUCAGGAAAGAAGGUCUCCAAGCAGAAAUCGAAUGGCCAUCUGAAUGGAACGCCGAACGGCCAGCACCGACCGGACCCGAUUGCCCUCACUGCUCGCAAUCCCUCGAAACCGCAAUCCUCCUCGUCUUCGGCUGCGAAUAACAAAACGAAUGGGGACGUGGAAGAGCUCAAAAUGGAGUCCAAUGGACAAGUCCAGGUGAACGGGCAUGGGAAAGGCGAUCCGGGAAUGUCAAACGGCCACGCAUACGCUUCUGGUUCGACAAAUGGGGCGUUAGGCACCAGGAUUGAGGAUCAAAUCUCUCGCCGAUCAGAGAAAAUGCUGAACUCCGCAUCAAAUGUGAAGAAGCCCUAUGCUGGCAAGUCCGUCAACCCGUUCCAUCUUGCGUCCACCAUCCUCAAGGCUUGCCCCAUGGCGGACACGAUCGCGAUUCUCAUCUUCUUACUUCAACUUCCACCUAUCGUCUUGACUUUGGUCCAAUUUCUUUACGCGUCGAUGACCUUUAUGUUACCCGCGGGCGUGUCAACUGGCACACUGACUUCCAAUUUCGAUAUUUUCCAAGGACCUGCGGGAACACCCUCUCUUGGAACCAUGAUCGCGAUGGAUGCGUUUUGUCUAUUAGUAUGGGCCCUCUUUAUGUGGAACUGGGCUCGAAAUUUUGCUAUCGACCUCGCGCAUGUUCAAGUCGCCAUUGCUUUGGGUGCUGGGAGUUCGGGAGAUACUGGUGGUGUCAACGCGUUUUGCGUAACUGUACUGUUGAUAGUACAUUUGUUUCGGAGUGAAGGGAUACAGGAUUUCGUGUUUGGACAUCUUCUCUCUACCAAUUUUCUUUCGAGCGAUCUCUUGGAAAAGUAUUCAAAUUUGAUUCCGAUGGAGUUUAAGCAAAUCGAAUAUCCAUCCCCUCCGAGCUGGGUGAGAAGCCUCCUUGCGAUUCACAUUCUGGCUCAAGCAGGGACGGCCAUGGCCAGGCGAUCGAUGGCGAAAAACCGGUCGCAGCCUCGAGCUAAAACGGGAAAACGACUGGAUACUGAGGCCUCUACCAAUUGUCAUAUUGAGUCUUCGGUUUUUGAAUCCGGUAUUGCAUUACCACCGAACGCCAACUCGGAAGUCUCAUCUUUACCUGGUUCUAUAUCAAAGGAGGGCCGAGAUCGAGUUUCUAGUGCGAAAAAACGAAGGCGGCAAGCGAAUGAAGCGAGACGAAUACAACCGUUCUGGGCAGCAUUAGCGAGCACAAAAUUGACUGUGACGCGCGAAUAUGAGCGUUCGAGGCAUAGUACCUGGUACUCACCAAGCUUUCCAGUGGCCGAAGAUGACCUUGACAAAGCACCACUGGGAACAGCUUUGAUUUGGAUUACUCAUGUUGAUAGUUGUUCAAUUAAAUUUGCGGCAAGUGACUUUACAACGGAAGAAGAUCCCAUGACAGGCGGAACGUACGAGGGUAGUGUUUCUGACGCCGAAGCGGACCCUUUCUACAUUCGCGUCAACGGAGCUCACUGGGCACCAGUUAGCCUUAACCGGAUAACGGAAAACUCGGACGAGCUUUCGUUAGUUCAUUGGAGAGGGGAAAUAGCUGGAUUGGCGCCCGAUUGCGCGUAUGCUUGCAGCUUCGUCCGCUGCGACACCGAUGAAGAGAUAUGCGUCAUGAGCGUGAAAACGCCCGCUACCUCGGACACGGAUCAAGCUUCUAUCACUGCAUCUAUCUCGCCAUCACCCCGUCAAUCAUUACGGCCGUCUUCUCCAACCACCACUAUAAAGAACUCCAUCAUGAAUGCGGAUGCUAAGUUAACUGAGCGCCGGGCAAAGCUGAAAAGAUCUAGGAAUGAACACAAGCUUCAAAUAUCCAAGAUCAAAAAGGAACUCGACAACUUCACCCACCGACUUAAUAGUGGCGGGGACGAUACCAGGCAAAAACAGCGGUCUCUGCAGUUGGAGCGGAAUAUUCGUCAGACCGAAGAGGCAACAGCAGCUUUGGAUCAACAGCUAGAUAGCCUUGAAAAGUCCCCCGACGAGGAAAUUCAGGAAUGGGAAGCGCGUAAAGCAGCGUUUGAACUGGAAAAAGGAAAACUCGAGGCCUUGAAGGAUGAGCUGCAUGCCGCAAAAUCUGCCACGGACCGUGGAAUCUCAACCGCUGAAAACGAGCUUGCCAAUACUGUGCAGAAACGAGAGCGCCUCCAAAAUCGCCGAAAUAGACUUUCAGAGCAAUAUGAGCGUAUUACGCAUGCUAACAACCAAGGUUUAAAUGAACGCGAACGACGUGCUGCUGAGCAAUUGGCCAAAGAACAAGAGCACGCCAGGAUCGAAGAGGGUUUCCAGGAGCAGCUAACUAGCAUUACCCGUUCGCUUGAAGAAUACCAAGUACGCACUACCCAGCUCUGGCAACAGGCCACGGCGAUUGAGCAAGCCUACCAGCAACAGCAACUCUUCAUGAGUUCUGGUCCUCUUACACCUGAAGGCGAAUUACCUGGAACAAAGCGACAGCCGAUGGACACAAACGUCUCUACUAACUCGAUGAGCACGGCUGCAUUAGGGAACAAGUCCAAUUUUAGCAUGGCUUUCCCAGCGUAUUCGUCAACAGAAAAGCCAGGUCUGGUGCAUCGGUCGUCAAUGUCUCCCAUUAUGCACUCGUCAUUGCCUGUAGGGUACUGUGAGCCCCAAUACUACCCCCCUUCUCCACUCGCCAAAAAGCAAUCAAUGUUCGUUCCAGACACGGGUGGUCAUCGUGACCGUUCCCUGUCGAAUUUCUCCCGCCGGAGCACGCACGUUGAAUACAACGCCCCAUUGUACGCGGGUGAUGGUGCCGACGCUGACGCCACUCGAAGUCACACCUCUGUUUUGAGUCCGGUUAAUCAUAAUCUGGCUCAAUUCAAGAGGGCCGACAGCCGAAACAGCGGCAGCGCCAGUGGAAGCGGAAGUGGUAGCGGUGCUGGUAGCCCUCAUUCUAGUCGAGGAAAGCCUAUUUGGAGUUGA